GUUGGGAAUAUUUAUGGAGAUGAAUUUAAAAAGAUUGAUAUUGGUGAAUACAGAAAUGGUCGUAUGAGAGAUUUACUUAAUGAUAAUAAGGACUUAUUCGAGGAAUAUGCUUUAAAAGAUUCUCUAAUAACCCUUAAACACGCUAGUACAAUGGAAGAAUUUAAUCUAAGUGUUAAUAAGAUAGGGGUUCCUCUAACAUUAUCUGGUAUAGGAAGGUCUUAUGUGAUUAAAGAAUGAAAAUCCGAGUCUUAUAAAGGUUAUCAGGUACGUAGUGAUAUUGUGUUAGGUAAUUUAAUGAAUAGGAUAACAUCUAAAGAUGCUAGAGGUACACCUUUGUCAAAGUAUUUAAUAGGGUUUAUAGCAGGUUAUAGGGGAGGUCGUAAUGAGUCUAUGAUGUAUGGCGUGGAUGUUAUUAACGACGAAGAGGAGCGUUGUUGAUAUGAUUAUGAUUUAACAAGCGCAUAUACAACGGUAAUGUCUAUUCUAGGUCAUCCCGAUGUAAAUAAAUCAAAACGAAUCACUGAUAAGAACGUUAGAGAAUUAAAUGACGAAGAUUUGUUAUUAAAUUAUAUAGUUGUAGACGUAGAUUUCGAAUUUCCUAUAGACACUAAGUAUCCUUCCAUACCCUGUAGUGUUGAUAAUGACGUAGAUAUUUAUCCUCUAAAAGGAAGUAGUGUUAUUACGGGUUGUGAAUAUCUAGUAGCAAAAUCUAUGGGGUGUAUUCUAAAGGUAAACGAAGGUGUUUUAAUACCCUUUAAAUCAAAUAGCGAGAUUGAAAAAGAUGUUAAUAACAAAAAAGAUUUUGUAAUUAAUAAAGAUAAUGAUGAUAACUACGAGGACUGAAAAGCUUUGGUUAAGGAUGGUUUUAUCAGUGCUUCAAAGAUACCGCUAUCGCUAUUUUGUGAAGAUAAAGAAUUUAUUAUGAAUAGUGUUAUUAAACUUGAUGAAGAUGUUUCAGAGUUAAUAGAAGAAGAUGAUCUAUUAAAGACUUUGAACGAAAGGCGUUUAGAAAGAUUAAAGAUUAAAGAAUUAUCCACAGAAUCUUUGAAAAAUAAAGAAGAGACUAUCGAAGAAAAGGAGGAGUCUUUCGAAAAUAGUUUCAAAUAUGAAUUAAAUUACGAAGCUCCUUUUAGAAGUAUAAUUAAAGGAUUACAACGAAAAAGGCGUGGGUAUAAAAAGAAAACAUUUUAUAAUUAUAUGUACAAAGAGAUUGGUAAUUCUAUUUAUGGUCAGGUGUCAAUGGGACUUAGUGGUAAAAAGAGUUUUGACAUAAAGACAAAUACUUAUGUUAGGCGGGAAGGUGGUUUAUUAUCGAACCCAAUAUUAGCUAGUUAUAUAACUGGUUUUACAAGAGCUUUAAUAGGUGAAUGUCUACACAAUAUCCAUUUAUUAGGAGGUAGAGUAAUAUCAGUAACAACUGACGGGUUUAUAGCUGAUGUAAAGGAUUUGGAAAAUAAGCUUUUAGCUAUGAAUAGUGAUAAUUUACAAUGUCUAUAUUUAUAUAAAGAUAUACGUAAAUUACUAACAACUUUUGAAGAGGAUGCUCCAGAUGACAAAGCUUUGGAAAUUAAGAAUAUAGAAACAAAGGGAAUUUUAUCAUGAAAAACUAGAGGUCAGUUCGGGUUUACUAAUGGAGGGAUUUCGGCAGCUACUGGUUUUCAGGCAAGGUUUUAUGAAAAAGAAUUUUUAAUAGAGGAAUUUUCUAAAAAUAUGUUUGAUAAAAAGGUCUUUGAUUUUGAAUUCGUUGAAAGUGGUUUACGUAGUGGAAGUGAUAUUUAUAAGUAUGGCGGUAAUAUGAUUUUCAAAUACAGGGAUAAAAAGUAUAGUAUAGAGUUUGAUAAUAAACGUUGUAUAACAGAAGACGGGAGUGUUAUUAAAGAAGGUGGGAGUGUUACUAUGUUGGAUUCCAUACCUUGAAAAACUGUUGACGAAUAUUCAAAAAUACGACGAUUAAAACAAACUGUUAAUACUCCUGUUUGAGUAGGAAAGAGUUUUCUUAGAACAGCUCCAAAAGUAUAUUUAUCUUAUAUAGAAACAGCGGUUCGAGGUUUUAUAAAGGCUAGUUUAGCUAUUGAAGAAGAAGAUAGAUACGGUAUUCCAAAAGACUUUUUCAAAAAUUAUCAAUCCUUAAUAGAUUUUAUUUAUAAACACGCUCCUACAGCGGAUGUAAAAUUGACUUUGAAUAAUAUAAGUCAUCUAAAAAGGAGAAAAACUGUUUCGAGAGCAGUGCCCCGUACAAAAGAAAACGAGGCAUUUGUGGAUUAUAUACUAAAGACUAUAGGAAGUUUUGAAAAAGAUAGGUUUUUUAGAGAGUAUAGUAGCGAAAUGAUUAAGGAACGUAGAAGUAUUAAGACAAAGAAUAUAUAGUGAAGACUUUUCUUUAUAAUCUGAUAAUCUAAAAAUCAGAUUUUGGAAAUGUCCUCUAGGUAUCAAAACAGUCAUUUAGUGCAUAGGAUAGAAAAAAUCCCCAGAAAUUCGUUAAAAACUUGGGGACUUGGAAAUGUCCCUUUUUGUGUUUGUGUAAUCCUAUGCAUCUACUGGAAGCGGUCGAAAUUAUUUCCAGUACACAACUAGCUGUUAUAGCAGUUAUAUUAAUAGUGGUUAUUUAUUAAUUAUCAUAGAGUUUUAUUAGUUUUUAACUAAUAAAAGUUAGAAAUGAUUAAUAAAUAACAUAUCCAUUGGGCGGGUUUAGGGUGUUUGAUUUAUUUUAACUUAAUCGAACUAAAAGUCUAUUCGAUAGAUGAGGGUAUUUAAAUAAUAAAACGAUGUAUACAAAUAAACCUAUUGUAUGAAGUUAUUAUUAUUAUUUAAAUAAUGGAUACUAUUAAAGUUCGCCAUUUCUGUUAGAUUGCAGCUAUAAUGAAUAAAUAAUAAUAAUUAUUAGUCAAGUUACGAUAAUUUAUAAAAUAUCUUGGAAUUGGUAGAAAAUGUUCGAUUCAUAAAACUAUUAUCUAACGGCUUUGCGGGCCAACCUAGUUUUAGUAACCCAAUAGAUAUUUUAUAAUAGUACCAUCUAACAGAGCAAGUUCACCAAUUGAUUUUAAGUUAAUUACCAGUUAGAAAGAUAUGAUAAGGUUAUAUCUAAUUAGGGUAUUAAUUAAUUAUCGGAGUAUAAUUACGAAGGCUAUGAGAUGUAAGUAGCUGGGUUUAGUAUUACGUUAUUUAUAAGAAUUGAGUUACCUUACUAAUUUGGACUUGUUAAUCGGUGAACAAAAUAUUAAGAAUAAAUUAAAUAAGAAAGCAACAAGAAUAACAAAUACAAACAACGAAAAUAUAAAGUUUCUAAAAGAACUUCUGUAUUUAGAAAAUAAUCUUCUAAAAAUAAAGCAGGUUGAAAUAAAGAAUAUAG